GUAAAACUAUGGCUUUGUUGUGACUAACGUGGGCUGAUGUGAGCGUCCAGCAGCGUUGUGGUUCCAUGACAGCAUGUGACUGUCCUCCUGUGUGUCAGCCCUGUGCAUAUAUCCCCUCCUGCACAUGAUUAUAAUCCCUUUUGAUGUUUGCCACAGAGCCAUUUUCCUCUGCACCACUCAUCCUGGCAUUUCUCUCCACCCCGAGCACCAGCAGAGCAUUAUUGUAUCACAGCGUUGUACCGACUGUAAUUAAAUGGGUGCACAGGACAGGCUUCUACGACAUAUAGCUGCCGACACGGUUGGAAAAAGCAUUUACGUCGCUUGUUCUCGUUUCUGGAUGAGGACGGCGCGCACGUCUGCUCAAGUUUUGAUUUUCGCCAUCUGGAUAUUUUCUCAUAUUACCCCUUCAUUUCCUCUAAGCAAUCAUCCUGCACCGCUAGAACACAUUCAGCAGGAAAUCAGCUGAUUUCAAUUUUGCAAAAUCUCCUGCGCUUCUCGUAAAAAGGUGAAGCACAGGAUGAAAACACUGUUCUGCAGCGGUGUGUCACGCAUCAGCGCAUCACCUUCUGUUUGGUGGUGGAUGCUUUUGUCUGGAGGCUUUGCUUUUGUCCCGGUCGCUGCUCUUGAUCUGGCCGGCUGCCUCAGUUUAGCCAGCCCAGGGAUACAUCACAGCGUGGCGUGACACUGAUUCGCCUGGACUGGACUGAAGUCACGAUUGUGGGUGUUUCGGCCCAGCUGACAAAUACCCGUCUGAGGAGGAACACCUCUGUGGGAACUCCCUUCUGGAUGGCUCCGGAGGUAAUAGCAUGUGAGCAGCAGCUGGACUCGACGUACGACGCUCGUUGCGACGUCUGGUCCCUGGGCAUCACCGCCAUCGAGCUGGGAGAUGGAGACCCUCCCCUCUCUGACCUCCACCCAAUGAGAGCCCUUUUUAAAAUACCCAGAAACCCUCCGCCUACUCUCCACCAGCCGGAGCUGUGGUCAGACGACUUUAAUGACUUCAUCUGCAAAUGUCUGAUUAAGGACUUUGAGCUGAGACCAAAUGUGCUAGACCUGCUGCAUCAUGUGUUCAUCAAACAGAUUGUUGGCAGAGAGAAAAUUCUGCAGAAACAAUUGAUCGAACUCAUUGAUCUCAACCAGCAAAUUGGAGUGAUUGAAAAAACAAGCUAUCAUGGAAAGACAGACAGAAGCACAGACAGUAAUGACAGGCAUGAACGUAUCCACACUAAAAAAGGAAGCCAUAUGAAGACUCAGACUGACGCAGACGAGGUGGACGACCUCGCCACUCUGGAAGUUCUGGACGAGAAUACGGUCACGGAGCAGCUUCAGAGCCGCUAUGGACGAGAUCAGAUUUACACAUAUGUGGGAGACAUCCUCAUCGCAGUUAAUCCUUUCCAUAAGAUGGAGAUUUACACUCCUCAGGAUACUAAGAUGUACAUAGGAGCUAAGCGCACAGCUAACCCUCCACACAUCUUCGCUGUGGCUGAUAUUGCCUACCAGUCUAUGGUGUCAUACAACACAGAUCAGUGUGUUGUGAUCAGCGGAGAAAGUGGUGCAGGAAAAACAGAGAGUGCUCAUCUGCUGGUGCAGCAGCUGACGGUUCUUGGGAAGGCCAAUAACCGGACUCUCCAGGAGAAAAUCCUGCUGGUCAACAGCCUGGUGGAAGCCUUCGGAAACGCCUGCACCGUCAUCAACGACAACUCCAGCCGCUUCGGCAAGUAUCUGGAGAUGAAGUUCACCUGCGGGGGAACGGUGGUCGGAGCGCAGAUAUCCGAGUAUCUGCUGGAGAAGUCCAGAGUCAUCCACCAGGCGAUAGGGGAGCGAAAUUUCCACAUCUUCUACUACAUUUAUGCCGGACUGGCAGACAGGAAGAAACUCGCCCACUACAAGCUCUCUGACAGCAAAACACCUAAGUAUCUGUGUAAUGAACACAUUAAACUAGGACCUGACAUCGUGAGCAACACCUUCUACAAAGAGCAGUUUGAUGCAGUGGAACAGUGUUUCAAAGUCAUCGGAUUCACCCUGGAGGAGUUGGGCAGUGUUUACAGCACUCUGGCUGCCAUCCUCAACUCCGGAGAUAUCGAGUUUUCUCCAGUUGCCUCGGAGCACCAAACCGACAAGAGCAACAUCUCCAACAUUUCUGUCCUGGAGAACGUGGCGUCUCUGCUGUGUAUCCGCUCAGACGAGCUCCAGGAAGCCCUGACCUCCCACUGCGUCGUGGCCCGGGGCGAGACCAUCGUCAGGCCCAACACGGUGGAAAAAGCGGUGGAGGUGAGGGACGCCAUGGGCAAAGCUCUCUACGGCCGUCUCUUCAGCUGGAUUGUCAACCGAAUCAACGCGCUGCUGCGGCCUGACAGCCACCUCGGAGAGGAUGACAAGGGCCUGAACAUCGGCAUCCUGGACAUCUUUGGCUUUGAGAACUUCAAGAAGAACUCCUUCGAGCAGCUGUGCAUCAACAUCGCCAACGAGCAGAUCCAGUUUUACUUCAACCAGCACAUAUUCGCUUGGGAACAGGAUGAGUACCUGAAUGAAGAGGUGGAUGCUCGGAUGAUUGAAUACGAGGACAACCGGCCACUUCUGGACCUGUUCCUGCAGAAACCAAUGGGGAUGCUCUCACUUCUUGAUGAGGAGAGUCGCUUCCCACAGGCCACCGACCAGACACUCGUAGAGAAAUUUGAAGACAAUCUGAAGACAAAAAGCUUCUGGAGGCCAAAGAGGGUCGACCUUGGCUUCGGUAUCCACCACUAUGCUGGAAAGGUGAUUUACAACGCUGCAGGCUUCUUGGCUAAGAACAGAGAAACGCUGCCGGCCGACAUCGUCCUGCUGCUGAGGUCUUCAGAGAACGAGCUCAUUCGCAAACUGGUCACUCAUCCCCUCACCAAAACAGGCAACCUUGCCCACACCAAGGGUAAAGGCGUAAACACAAUGCGGACUCCACGGACCCCGACACGCACCAUCACCUUCGCCAAGCCGGGUGAACCUGGAGACGCGCCUUCCCACCCAAGAGAAACAACAAAUAUGAGAACACAGACUGUGGCCUCUUAUUUCAGAUACUCUCUGAUGGACCUGCUGUCCAAGAUGGUGGCCGGGCAGCCCCACUUUGUGCGCUGUAUCAAACCCAACAACGAUCGCCACGCAAACAAGUUCGACCGGGAGAAGGUUCUGGUUCAGCUGCGAUACACCGGCGUUCUGGAGACGGCAAAGAUCAGACGGCAGGGUUACUCUCACCGCAUCCUGUUUGCUAACUUCAUAAAGAGGUACUACAUCUUGGCUUUUCACGCUCACGAGGAGCCGGCUGUGACUCCAGAAACAUGUGCUGCCGUACUGGAGAAGGCCAAGCUGGAGAACUGGGCAAUGGGGAAAACAAAGGUGUUCCUCAAGUACUACCACGUUGAACAUCUGAAUCUGAUGGUGCAGCAGGCCACACAGAGAAUUGUCCUGCUUCAAGCUUGUGUUCGAGGCUGGCUGGGAGCCAGGCGGUACCGCCGGAUAUUAAAAGAGAGAGAACAGAGCGCUCUGGUGCUGCAGUCCGCUUACAGAGGUCAUAAAGUCCGGAAGAGGGUAGCUGACGACAAAAGCAAAGUAAAGCUUGAGGCCUUUAUCAUCCAGUUCCAAGCUGUGUGCAGGGGCUACCUUGCUAAAAAGAAAUACAAGGAGUUGGUAGACGAGAAGAACAAAGCGGCAACCAAGAUUCAGGCUCGCUACAGAGGGCACAAGGAGAGGAAAAGCUUCAAAAGAAAACGGGAAGCCAAAGAGAAAGAGAAAACAGAGAACGCUCUCAAAGAAAAGGAGGAAGAGACCCCAGAACCAGAGAAAAGUACCAACGAAGAAAGUGCCUCCGCUCCAGAAAAUGAAGCAAACAGCGAGGAAGAGGAAACAAAAGCUGCUGUAGUUCUCCAGAGCAACUUUAGGGGCUACAAGGAGAGGAAAAAGUUUAAGGAGAGAAAAAAGACGAUGGCUGGAGCCGAGCUAGAGAUUCCAGACGCUAUGGGGGACGAGAACCAGGAAGAAGAUGGCAAAGAGCCGACCAGCAAAGAAGAAGAAGAAGAAGGAGGAGGGGAAAAGACAGCUGAUGUCCAAGAGGAGAACGAUGAAGAUGAAAGCACUUAUGAAGCAGAAGAGAACAAUGAUGAUAGUGAUCAUACUCAGGUGGCAGAAGAUGAUGAGCAGACAGAAGUAGCAGAUGAAGCGAUGAUUGAGGAUGCCGAUGCUGGAAAAGAAGCUCAAGAGGAGAAUAAGGAGGAGGAGGCUGAGGGGAGUGGAGGGGAAAAGACUGCAGAAGAUGAAACUGCCAACUUAGAGGAGGAAACCAAGGCUGCCACCGUUCUCCAGAGUAACUUCAGAGGUCAUAAAGAGAGAAAGAGAUUGCAGGAAGAAGGCAAGAUCCCAGCGAAGAAACAGAAAGCUGACAGUCCUGUAGCUGAAGAAGAAGUGCCAGAAAAAGAGGAGGCAGAAAAAGAAGAACCACCAGAACCUGAAGCUGGAGCAGAUGUUUCUCCAAGCGAUGUCAAGACGGAGGAUGCAGACGAGACCAAAGCAGCCGUGGUGCUUCAAAGCAACUUCCGUGGCCACAAGGAGCGUAAACGCCUCGAAGAGGAAGGAAAGAUCCCCAAGAAAAGAAAGAAGGAGCAAGAGGUUCCACCAGAGCCUCCAAAAGAAGUCGAGCAGGCAGAAGAGCCAGAAUCCCAGGAGGACGUUUCUGCUGAGAACCCAGAGGGCCUGGAUGAGGAAAAAGCAGCUACUGUCCUUCAGAGUAACUUCAGAGGCCAUCGCGACCGAAAGAAACUGAAAGCAGAAAGAGAAGCGAAACAGAAGGCAACGGAGGAGGAUGCGACUCCUAAUAAUACAGAGGAGGAAGCUAAGGAGGAGGCCUUGGACGUUACCGAUGUGGUGAUAGAACGUAAAGAAGAGAUAGAUGCUGAAAAAGAAAGACUGGAGGAAGAGCAGGCAGCUGUGAAGAUCCAGAGUAACUUCAGAGGCUACAAGGACAGAAAAAAUCUGAAGGCCAACAAGCAGGCGGCGCAGAAUGAAUCCCAGCAGCUGGAGAGCUUCUCCAAGGGGGUCGCAAAGACUUCUCAGGACUUUCUCGCCUUGCAGCAGAAGUUGAAUGAGAUCAUCCAGGCCCAUCAAUCAAACCCCGAGAACAAUGGCAUGUUUGUGAAAGGAAAAGCAGUCAAUGGCUACACUCCCCAGCAUCACCAAUCAAUGAGUGACAAACGACUGUCGAGAACCCCCCGCAGAACCCAGCAGCCAAAGACCCUGAACACACCGGAGGACUCCACCUAUUACACCCUGAUUCAUCGGUCUGUCCAGGAUGACAAACGCAAACCCAGGAAAGCAGAUCCAGGGAAGCAGCUGGACGUGGACGACCAGUACUACCAGGCCCUGUCCACCAGCAGCUCCGAUCCCUCCAUGUCCACAGAGAGAGCCCCGCCCAGCAGCAUGCCAGACAGGAGGCAGUCUGUAGGGAGGAGACGGUCCUCAGACAGGAGGAGAUCUAUGGACAGGAGGCAGUUAGGAGACAGGCGACAGUCUGCAGAGCUGAGGCCGACACCUUCCACUCGACAGACCAGAGAGAGAGCCGUCACUGAACCAGAGGCUGCCAAACCUGCCAAAGACAACAGGCGUUCUGUCCCCAGAAUGUCGUCCACGGAGAGCCGGACUGAGGACAACCCGUACGACUUCAGACACCUGCUGAGGAAGACCUCGCAGAGACGAAGGCUCAUCAAGCAGUACUGAAGGCAGGACGGAACGUUUUGGACACUUGGCACCGAAACUCUCAAAAUCUGAAACACAGCAGCAAUCAUAUCGUGGUAUAAGAAGAAUGCAUAUUGCGUGCAUGUGAUGGAAUACAGCUUAAAACACCUUUAAACGGCUGGAAUUUAAGCUGCUGUGUUUGUCACUGGACAGAUUAACUUCCAAGCUAAUUGUGUCGGAUAGAGAGUGAAUGUAAAUACCAAAAUCAUAAACUUUUAAUCUUCAAUCUGUAAAUUAAGAUUUAUUUAUGAGAUCUGUAAUUUAGUCGUUGAUAUACAACAUUUUCUUCUUUUGGUGUCGGUUUUCUUGCUCUUGAACUUUAACACUUUCAAUUCAUGUUGAAGAAUAUCAUCUUCUGCAGCGUUUUAAUGUAAGAAAUGUACAUUAUUUCCUCCGCUUAAUGUCUGGUUUCUUCAUUUAAACAUAAAAUAUAUGACAAUA